AUGGAGACUUCUCUGAGGUUUACCGGAAAUUCCAGGUCUUUGAAAAUCCACGCUAAGGAGAAGCUCCCAGUCAACUCCAAAACCCAUUUGCAGCUGCAUGGAGAGCUAGAUACUGGAACUGGUGCCCCAAGUUACUUCUGUGCCAUGAUUAGACACUUUUUCCCUGAGGCUACAACAGGACUUGGAGUAGGAUUGCAUUAUGAUAAGCGCCAGAAGCUUCGAUGUCAUGUACGCGGGAAAAAAGAGUUUCCUGUGAGAAGUGAUAAGCUUGUCACCUUUAACAUCAAAGGGCGUUGUGAUUUUGAUCAGGACUUUGUUCAGAGGAACCCUAAAGGAGCUGCAGAAUUUUCCUGGAGCAUAAAGGAUUUCAAGGAAGAUCAAGAUGUACGGAUCAAAGUUGGCUACGAAAUGUUUGAUAAGGUCCCUUACAUGCAGAUUAGAGAGAACAAUUGGACUCUCAACGCAAACAUGAAGGGGAAAUGGAACUUGAGGUUUGACCUGUAA